UCAGACCCUGUUAAUUAAAGCUCGCCCUGGUCCAUCAUUCUGAGGAGCUGCAGUGCUCCGCUCCUUCCUGAUGGCUUAGAGAUUCUCCUUAACCCCCAGCCAUGGAUCUUGGAGAGUUUCCCCCGAGAUCAGCAGGAGAAUCUCAGCGUCUCUGCUGACGUUCCCUUGGUGUACUCACAAAUCUCUCUGAGAACAUCGCCCUGGACCCCCGAUGCGGCUGCCUGAGCAACCUGGAGAGGGGAAGCCUGAGAAUGAGGAAAAGGGGGGCAGAGGAGCCCCCGGAGGGGGAGAGGAGCCGCUGAGGACCCAGGCCCCCGACUUCCCCACUUGGGAGAAGAUGCCUUUUCACCACGUGACGGCCGGCCUGUUGUACAAGGGGAAUUACCUCAACCGAUCUCUGUCUGCUGGCAGCGACAGCGAGCAGCUGGCUAACAUCUCUGUGGAGGAGCUUGACGAGAUCCGAGAGGCCUUUCGGGUUCUGGACCGAGACGGCAAUGGCUUCAUCUCCAAGCAGGAGCUGGGAAUGGCCAUGCGCUCGUUGGGGUACAUGCCGAGUGAGGUGGAACUGGCCAUCAUAAUGCAGCGCCUGGACAUGGACGGGGAUGGUCAGGUGGAUUUUGAUGAAUUCAUGACAAUCCUUGGCCCCAAACUGGUGUCUUCAGAAGGUCGCGAUGGUUUUCUUGGAAACACGAUAGAUAGCAUAUUCUGGCAGUUCGACAUGCAGAGGAUAACUCUGGAAGAGCUGAAGCACAUCCUCUAUCACGCCUUCCGCGACCACUUAACGAUGAAGGACAUUGAGAACAUCAUCAUCAAUGAGGAAGAGAGCCUGAAUGAGACCUCGGGGAACUGCCAGACGGAGUUUGAGGGCGUGCAUUCCCAGAAGCAGAACAGACAGACCUGCGUCCGGAAGAGCCUCAUCUGCGCCUUCGCCAUGGCCUUCAUCAUAAGCGUCAUGCUGAUCGCGGCCAACCAGAUCCUCCGGAGCGGCAUGGAGUAGCGGCCUCCCCGGCAGCUGCGUUCCCGGCUCACGCAUGUGCUUGCCCCGCGGGCAGACUCUUCCUCCACAAAAAAAGCAGAUACGGACGGUGCAGACGCGGCACAGUCCAGCGAAGAACCCAAGGUUGCAGUGCAACCCGUGUUGUUGCAAACCCACUUCAUCCCCUUGGCAGGUACACAAAAGGGCUGUCUUCAAUGCUUUAAUGGUCUUGUUUCCUAAUGCAAUAAAUAGCCAGGAGUUCCGAAUGAUCGCUUCGACCGCCUGUAGGAACUCUAAAGAGAAACUUCAUCUUCAUCUCGGAAUUCCCACGGCCAUCCAGGUUGGCAGGGUAAGGCAGCAAGAGAGAGGCGGAACACGCAAUCACCUCCGCCCGCAGUUCUCUCAACCCAGGGGUCAACUGGAGACUCCCUCCCUCCCCCACCCCAGGGCAACCCUCAGUGCCGAGAAGCUGACUUCUGAGUUGCUGCAGAAGUGGGGGCUUCCCGUCCUACCCUGGCUUCCUUCCCCAACCUAGUGGAGGCCCCCCGGCAAGGCAUGAGGGGAAAGCCAUCGGAUGGGGUGCAGCACCCAGCGGUCUGCAAGUUGCACCCCCUUCGCUUCUGUUCUACUGCCUUUUCUACAGGACUCUUGUUGGCAGAGUUGGGGAGCUCUCGGUUUCCGUCGGCACUUGGCUUUCUGUUCCUAGAGCCCAUCGCGCACCAGCAUUUUGGAAUCUGCAGAGAGCCUUUCUCCCAGCUUUGCCGCCUGUGCUGCCAUUUAGACAAAAAAGAGAAGCAUAACCGUGGGCAUCUCUAUCACAUAGACACACAGACAGACGUAUAUAUUGGGUUUCUUCAUGUGUGACAUCCAUCGUCCCUAAUUGCUUUACUGCUGAUAGAAGCUUGUCCUCCGACACACAUCCCUGCCUCCCUGGGGUGGGUAGUUUGGGGAUGGAGAGGGACAUAGGCUGGUGGUGAGGAGGUAUUGCAAGCCACGCCCCAGUGGUCCAGAGUGAUGGAGUCCAAACCCAUCUCCAUGCUGGGAGACCUCUGCAAGUGAAGGUCCUUGUGCAUCUCACCUUUCUCUCAUCUUCCAAUUUGCUUUCUUAGUCUGUCUUCCCAGAUAGAAUGAGAAACACCAACCCAAACGGAAAGCUGGAAAGAUCAAAGCACUGUAUUUUACAUAACAUCUUCAGGCAGUCAGAUUCUGCAACUGACUCAUUUUCACAAGAAAACAAAAAGAUGCUAAUGAGCUUAGCCAACUCGACAGGUGAAAUACUUCUGUUGGGGAAGGGAACUGAAGCCAACCCCCUUUCAAGUUUGCGAUUUCCUGACUUUUCCCAGAUGCCACAUCCACCGCUGCUAUUCAUUCCAGCUUGCGUAGUCUGAUUAGCCAAUAACCUUUCGCUGUCAUUCUUCCCUCUGUACGUUUCCAAGCUCAGGUCUUUAUUUCUGUGACUGGAGUUGUCUUACUCUUCUUUCUUUCCAUUGCAUCUUAAAGCUACAAGCUAUUCCCCUCUCCCUUUUCCCUUUUCGUUCAGUAUGGAGGUGCCAGAAUUUUUCCUCUCUUGCUGCAGCCGGGUGGUUCUGGGGUGCGGUGUGUGUUUAUGAAUCCCUCCUCAAGCCUCCCCUCUCUCUCUGCUCUCUCCCUCUGAUCUGCUCAGACUUGGAACGUCCAAGGUCUCAGUUUGGGGUCUUCUUCCAAAUCACCUCUGCAAGCACUUUGGGCAACAGCCUGGGAGCAACUCUAGAAACCUCCCCACUGCAAAUAUCCACGAUGAGCACAAGUAAAACUAGGGUUUGAGCCGUAGGAUGGAGAAGGGAGCAGGUGUAAGCUCCCGGGCACCUGGGAGGUUACAAGUCCCUCUGUGAAAAUGCCUGGGGUCCCACACAUCCAGGCCGAGUAAGGCAAUGGCCUGCCUGUCCCUGUAGCCCGCCCUGCCCCGCUAGACGCUUCACGUCUGUCUAUCUCUCCUCUCUCCCCUCUCACCAGACUCACCUCGGUCCCUCAGGACCAGGCUUCAGAACGAGAACAGGUCCAAAUGCAGAAUACGGACACACAGGACAAAUUUAUAUUUAGUUUCUGCCCAAAGCAGUUUGCUCUCUCUCUUUAGGUGGGAGGGACCCCGUGAAUGACUUGGCCACGUCCUCCUGGGGAGCGGGGUGAGAGACCCCAAGUAGACUGGAUAGAGACCCCAGGCAUGAUUCUUAAAGGACCCUGCCCUGUGAGAGGGCAGUGCUGGACUUCAGGGCAAAAGAAAUGAGUACUUCUUUAAAGGCUACAGGUUCUUCUGCCUCCUACUGGGGAGCAGGGACCUUGAAGGAUGUGAGGGUUAGACUUCAUUGGAAGAGCAAUUAGCCGCUGUGCAAGGGUGUGAAUUAAACGGCAACCUGAGAGACACCAACAGCCUGUUCCCCACCAAGUCCUUCGCAUCCUCUCCCUAAAGGACCAUUUUCCUCUCUCCCAGUGAGUCCGUGGAACCGAGUCCAUCCUACCCAGGAGAAGGCAUCCCUUGUGGGUGUUGCUAGGGAGAGAGGGUGAGAAAGAAGCCAUAGAAUUCUCUUUGAUGGGCUAGAAGUGAACCUCCUGCCGUGGUCACCUCACACGUGGCGCCAGGAGCUGAGUGUGUGGGAACGUCCCAGAGCUAACGGCACCCCGGAGACUCUGGGCACCGAGAUCCUGUAGCUUAGCAGCUUUGCCUGGACGGUCUGUCAACGGUGUUGGGCUGAAAAUACUGACUUCCCACCGCCCCACCCCCAAGUUCUGUCCACACCAGUGUUCCUCCAGGGCCCCAGGCCAGCCAGUGCCUUCCCCACGGGAGUUACUGUGCUCACGGAUGAAGACUCUAGAAGUCCUGGUCCCCCAUGUCCACGGUGUGCCGUGUGGCCCUGGCUGGAAGUGACCUUUGCAGGAACUGAGCGGGAGAAACGCAACGCUCACUCUGUCCUCCCAGCAAAUAGACUUAAGAGUCUGUUAUGGGGUGGCUGAGAGACUGGCAAACCGAGCGUGGCUCAUUCUUGCCUCCACCCCUGACCACGCGAGUGAUGAUUAGGGAGGCACUUUGCUUGGGGGACAAGGGGUGCAGACCCUGACCCUUUGACCCCCAAAGGAGCUGUCUCUCAUCACUCCCAGAGCCCCCAAACAGGACCUAGCAUGGGAACUAUUAACCGUGGCUUCCAGAAUGUGCGUGGGUCCCACAUGACCUAUCUGUGUUUUAAAAAAAAAAAAAAGGAUGUUGCCAUGGCAACCCUUGCAUUCCACCCUGGGUUUGCCAAGGCACACAAAAAUAGGGAACAUUUCCUUAAAGAACAAACACUUGAGUUCUGCCUGCUUGCAUCCUGACUCCCUGAAUCUGUAUCCCACUGGUGGGAGAAAUUAGCCUCCAAGGAUCUGGUCAUUUCUCUGCCUUUUCCUCUUCUGUUUGGACCUGUCCUUCCAUUGGCUCAGGAGAACAGGAGCUACCUGUGAGCCGGGUGGUACCCUCCCCACUUCCCAGAGCCCAGAGCAAAGACCCCUUAUUCUGGGCAAAAAGGCAGAAAUGCCAUCUGGAAGACAAAAAAUAUUUUAAGCCCCAGUCUUUAAAAGCAUCUGUUUGCCUGUUGAGAAGCUCUCCCACAAGCCAGACAUGUGAACUAAAGUGAACUGAGGUUUACGUGUGGUCUCCGGCAAGCCAGUGGUUUGCAGAGUUUCUAGGUGUUUUAUUUGCAGAGAACAAGAUGUGUGCGACACGUCUUCUUUCUUGAUACCUGCUUCCUGUCUCAAUUUUCGCCUGACAAAUGGUCUCCUCUCUGCAGUUAGCCGAGAGAGCCUAAUGAAAGAUGGCAAGCUCGUCCUGAUGAUCACGCCCCCAUUCCAACCUCCCAUCCACAGAAUCACAAAACGAUAUAUCAGACGCCUAGGAGAGAAAUGUAUCUUUUAUUCCAAAUGCCUUCUCUAGGUUCAGUCCAGACUCAGGUCAUAAAUCAAAGAGAGUUUUGCUCUUAACCCAUAGCUAGCAGCCUCCCCGGGACCGUAUGAGGGCAUGACCAGAAAAGUAAGGUGUGACCGCCAAGCUCCUCAGCUUGGCGGGCAUGGCCUUGUGUGGUUGCACACUGUAAAGCCCUGUUCCGCUGUGCUCUAGCUCUCCAUGCCUGCUGAAGCUGCCGAGGUCUGCUCCUUCCAGCUGGAGGUCUCAAACCAUAUUAGGUCAUUUUACUGCACUAUUUCUCCCAAAGCCCUUAGUGAUCAUGUUAUUUAUUCUGUUCCACUAAGAUACACAAAAGGUCUGGAACCCCACUGCAGAAAGGAGGAGCCCCCUUUCCUAUAAUGCCAUGACGAUACAGAUAGACUUAAGCUUCUAGACUUUGGCAUAUACUGGUUGUGUCACCAGGCGGACCGCGGGACCGUCUUCCCUGGAGAACAUCUAUCUGAAAUGACCUCAGAUCAGAGAUUUCCCAUUGGCCUCUUCUGUGAUCCUCCCAGGGCUUAGCCUCCAUAACCUAAAGGUGUUGCCGUAGCUAUCCUCCCAGACGCCUCAACUCCCUCCGGAAGGGGAAAAAAAAAAUCCAUCAGAAACAGAAGAGAAACGUUAUUCCGCAGCUAGGGGUUUCAAUUUGAAUUAUUUAAAGCAAUGGCAAAAUGCAGGGAGGUUCAGACUGCCUUGAAGCACUCUGUCUCCAUGACAAUUUAAAUGUCAGAAGUGUUCAGCUUCACUUCUUACUUCCUUUGACUAAGUCACUCGGGACUGUCCUCCGUUAUGUGGCCUUGCCAUAGACACUUGGUUUGGAGGGAAAAGGUCAGGCACUGAAACCAGCCAAGCAUUUCUCUUAGUAUGCUAUGCUCCAUGCCAAGUCCAUGGUCAUUGAAACAGCCGUGGUUUCUACUGAAUACUGGUUUGGGACCCUCUUUAUAAGGUCUCAAGAGUCAUGAUAACAAUGCUCAAAAAGUCUUGGAGGCAAAAUUAAUUUGAUUCAGGGCUUCCCUGGUGGCGCAGUGGUUGAGAGUCCGCCUGCCGAUGCAGGGGACGCGGGUUCGUGCCCCGGUCCGGGAAGAUCCCACAUGCCGCGGAGCGGCUGGGCCCGUGAGCCAUGGCCGCUGAGCCUGCGCGUCCGGAGCCUGUUGCUCCGCAACGGGAGAGGCCACAACAGUGAGAGGCCCGCGUAACGCAAAAAAAAAAAAAAAAAAAUUAAUUUGAUUCAGUUGGCUUGAAAUAUAGUCACAAAGAAUCGGGUUCUGCCAGUCCCCCAUAGACAGUCCUCUGAAACUGGGAAAGACUUGUGAAGCAUCCUGACCCCUGCCUCCGCCUUGGGUAGCUAAGCCGUUGAGUGGUCCCCCAUGCUGGGCAUAGCCCUCAUCCACCUCUUUCCCUUGAGGCUGAUGUGUUGGCUUUCCAACCUGUGCUUCUCACACUGUUAGACUUUAUUGUCCAAGUGAAACAGAUGCAGAGGCUGGAAUUUUCCAGGGGGCAGAGCAGCAGGUUAAUUAGGAAGGAAUAUUCCAGGGACUGAAAAAUUCAAGUGCGUUGCUGCUCCAUCCCUGGGCCUGGGAGUGAAAAAGAAAGUCUUUAAAGGGCCGCUGAGGCUGAUCUCUGAACGUUUUCCCUGUACGUCUGGUCUCCUCUGGGAGCAUACAGGGGUUUGAGGGCCAUGGGGCUGCUGCCCAACAACCUGAUCCCAACGACAUGUGCUGGGAACUUCAAGAGGUGGCUGGUAGCCUGCCGUGCCUUGGGGGCUGCUGACGUUUGCCAAGGUCAAAAUGCCUUUCCCAGGGUGCACUGUCUGGGCUCAGACCGGUUGAACUGAGGCGAAGAGAGAAGACCUUAGCCCUGGACGUGUAAGAAGCGCUGUCAGCCAGGAAGGGCACAGGAGGCAGGGCCCCAGGUGCUUUUGCCACCCACCAGCCAGAUAAUUCUGAGUGACUCCCCUUCCCAGCCUCAGGUGUCUCAUCUCUAAAGCAAAGGGAAAGGUCAACCAGAUGACUCAAAAGAGCCCUCCUCUUGUGACUGUCCAAAACAAAUCAAAGUGAACGCCCACACGUUGAGAGGGUCCCUAUGUCCCCUAUGAAUUGCAUUAGGGACCGGCAGUUUCAUUUUUUUUAAACACGAAUCCCAAGAGGCAGUUGUAAUAAGCUAUCUCUUUAGGUGUCUGUUGUCUGUAGAUGAAAGAUGCGAGUCGGCUUCUGUCGAGUGUGUCUUGUAGGCAAGAGGUUUUAUUUACUCCCUAAGGACUUGCUGAUUCAAGGCAGCAUCCAAGAUGGGCUUUGUGUCCUGCCUGAGCCAGUGUCACAGUGAAGGACGUGGGAUCACCUUACCACAGGUCCCGUGAAUCAGAAUUCCUGCCUAAGUAGGGUGAGACAAAGCCAGAUUCCAGGAGAAGAUGCUGCUUCCCCAUCUGAAAAAGCCUAACUGGAAGUUACUGAAUAAACAGCACAACUUCUGAUCAUUUCCUUCUUUUUUUUUUUUCUGACCCAUGGAACAGCAGUUCCCGUAUAUAGGAUAGUGGCUUGUAAUUAUUCGUAACAUUGCAGAAGGGAGUCACGAUCUCUGGGGAUUGUUAGGGAUUUGAUGAAGAGUUUGCGGAGACCAGACGCCUGCGGUGGUCCUUAGGUGGUUCACGAGUGAUGCUGAGCACAGGCGCCUGCUUUAGAUGCGAUCCAACCACGAGGAGGGAAAAAGGGCAGAGAGAGGGCAGCUGCAGGAUACACAGAAGUCUCCGGCCCUUCUGCGCCGUGACAACCUGAAUUCCUAGGUUUCCUUUUUUCUUUCUCUUCCCAAAGUAAAUGGAGGCCGUCAUUGUUUUUCUAGCAAGCCCUGCUGGUCUUCCCUGGAAAGACCUAGACUGGCCAAGGAAAGGGCCCUCUCAGCUCCUGGUGGAAAUUUACACAAGUCACUGUCUCUCAGCUCUCUCCAAGGAAAAUCAAAGAAUGUUCGUUCUUUCUAACCUGGAAAUCAGGCUUCAGGGGUCUUUAAAUGGCUUCUUAGUGGGGUUUGAUUUUUCUUCCCCAACUCUGAAUCCAGGAAGAAGCGAUUUCUCCAAGGGCUAACCAAAGACAAUGCCCUUGGAGGAAAAUAAGCCCCCAAAAUCUGGCCCGGGAAUGGGUUGGCAAGCUGUCAUCUGCUGGGGGUAGGGGUCGUUGUGACCCUAGGGGUCAUUAGACUUGAGACAGGAGUUUUUUUCUCAAAGCACGGUGGUAAACGGCUAGAUACAAAUCAGAGCGCAGCUGAGGACUCUUACCACCAGGCUGACGGGAGGUUGGCAGGUCUCAUAUCCAGAAUGGGCCACUAAGACUGAAAUCCUGGGUCACAAGCUUCCCAUUUACCUCAUUCAUGUUCCUUUUUUUUUUUUUUUUUCAUUCAGUAUUCGUUGAUGAUUUCUGCUACUAAAUGAUGAGAGAGUCAGCAGAUUAGUCAAAAGAAAAUCUUUAUAUAAAAUGUAAAUAUUAAUAUAAAUUAACUUGGCAUGCAACGUACUGAUCCCAUGAAGUACAUAUUAUUAAUAUGUUAUCUUAGUGUAUAAAGGAAAACUGACUGCCAUAUUUACCAGAUGUUUUUCUCUAACCAAACUUGUCUGUAAAUAUAUAAUCUGUAUAAAAAAGAGUCUAAUUUACCAUUAUUUAUGCAAUAGAAAAAAAUAAAAGUUUUUUUUUUCUUUUGA